CCCUCUGACGAGACGAGACUGACCGCUGCCUCUAUUGCGCGGCGGUGAGGGAGGCGAUGCGUUUCAAGCCCGCUGCCAUUGCGACGAGGCGGUAAUGCAGGAGGUGGGCGGACUCUCGCCGUGGUCGCUCGGACCCUGCUUUCCCGCGAAAGAGGCUGUGCUCCUACCAGGAGCAGAGAUGGUCAAGUACACUUGUACCGUACCGUCCCGCAGCAGUCCUCGGUUAUUUCGCUCAAACGCAAGUUCUCGGAAGGGCUUGUGCUUGCGUGGACUGCGCACUGGGCAGGAGCAAGAACGACUCGAAGUAGGGUCGUCCUUUCUGUCGCUGCUUAGCAAUUCCGAAGUGAUAGGUCUGAGAACGGUCUUGACGAUCACCCUGUCGCACCGUCGCAGCAGGCGAUCCUAGACCAUGAAGCUCCCAUCACUCGCCGCUACUCUCCUAAUCGCGCUGGCGGCAGCGGCACACGCUCCGACGACGCGUGGCGCGGGGUGGGUGGCGCUGGACCUUUCGCAGACGGGCGCGGCUGGUGACGCAGAACUGGCGCGGAGAGCGGCGGGAAUCGCGGUCGAGAAGUACAACGCAAAAGCGGCUUCUAGUCUCUCCCUCACUAUGGUUCGAUCUGCGAAGGUUCUUGUGCCCGCUGACGUGGGGCAGAAGGCCGUCUUCCGCCUGGCUUUCACCACCCUGCAGCAGCAGGGGGGCGCACUGCGGAGAUUGUUGCGGGGCCCUGGCAAGAGUGUUGCAGUGACAGCGGAAAUUGCUGGAACCUCGCACGAUCUGCACCGAUAUAAGCUGGAGCGAUUUUCCACAUCUGGCUGAACUGAAACUGAAGUUUGUGGAGCGGAGCAGUGCUGAUUGUUAAACUGAGGGGGACUGGUAUAAUUGUUAAAUGAUAUAUUUUGUUAUCUAAUUUGUAGGCUUGGUAGGUGUUAUCGAAACCUACUGUAGAGGGCACAACCCCCCUCCUUGUAUCACUCUUCUAUUCUCGACCCUCUUUUCUCUCGUCAACUUUCCUAGCCUAAAACCCUCACGCCAUUUUCAUGGCUUCCUACCGUUCCUAGCUACCUAGUCCUUGUGACAUGGUAACACAGCAGGUUGCCCUUCCCGGGCCUGCUCCCUACGCUUCCGCCGCGCACUCCUCUCCCUCUCGCUCUGCCAUGGCGGCCGCGUCGUGCUGCUGUGGCGGCGUCGUUGUGCCGCUGGCCGCGUCGUGCCGCGGCCGUCUCGAUGCGCUGCCGUGUCGUCGCGCCGUGCUGUCGUGGCGUCGACGUCCAGCCGCGGCGGCGUGACGGCGCCGUCGUGCUACCGUCGCAGCUUCGAUGUCCCGCCGUGGCAUCGGCGCCGCACUGUGGCGGCGUCGUAAUGAUGCCGUGGCGGCGUCGUCGGGCUGCAGCCGACCGUGCAACUCCUGCGGCGCCGCUCAACUUGACGCCCGCACGCCAGCCACGGGCGUGAUGCUGGACCUUACAACUGCAUGUUGAGUCUAUGAGAUGGGCUGAAUCACCCAACGUGCGAUGCGUCACAAUGACAUGGGAUUCUGUAAAAUUUAUGCUGAUUGC